AUGGCCGGCUGGGCGCAGUCCGCAGCCGGCUGGAUAUUUUGUAACCUGGGAGGCCCAAGUAUAAGACCUCCUAGGAGCCCCCUAGGAGGGGGUCGGCUCAUUCUUACCACCACACACACGCACGAGGCAAAGAACAGAGCUAGAGCCCUCUCCUUCCUCCACCCAAAUAGCUCCAAGAGCAACCAUGUAUUCCUUGUGAUCUCCAUAGUGAUCCUUGCAGGACUAGGGGUAUUACCUCACUUGAAGGGCCUUGAACCUGCGUACGUCUCUGUGUUCGCAGUGCUCGUGCCUAAUCUCGCAUCCGAACGCCACCGACACUCAUCGCCCCAACCACCCUCGAUAAGCCAUCCCAUGGCAUCUGCCGUGAGAACACCACGACAGUUGGCGCCCAUCGUGGGGCGUGACGCGACACCGGUUGGAGUCACGUUCCGGACAAGACCCUUCACUCCCACUGGCGAGCGCAUCGCGCAUGACCUAGUCAGCAGGCUCGGUGCGUUCGACGGUGCUGGCGACGAUGUGGUGCGCUUCGUGGACGCCGCCUCCCCCGCAAGUGGCUCCAUCAUCCCCUUUGGCGAGCUCCGCGUCUAUGUUGCUCUCGUCCCCGACGAGUACCCUAGCAGGGUGCUCACCUUCGUCGACCCGCCGCUCCCCGGCGGCUAUGGCGUCUCCGGCGACGUCACGGACCUCUGCACUCGGGUGGAGGGAGGAAGUACUAUCGGUCUGGCCUGCUUCGGGCCGCACAUCCGUGAGGAACCUUUUCCCAAGGGUUUCACGCUAGCUCGCGACACCCUCAAGUACAACGGGUUCACCAAGCCGGAGGAUUGGCUGACCGACUACACCACGGACGUCGGCAUUGCUGGCGGCAAGAAGCGCGUGGCAGUGCGCUACACACCCCUAAUGCUGCUUGGCUCGGUCCGGGCGUGGCUGAACAGCCUGCCGGCCAACAGCAUCAACGCCUGGCUCGACUUCGAGGAGGGGCUGGGGACCACCAUUGGGGCGAGGAAGAUGGAACCAGCCCUUGUGGAUGAAAAACUUAUUCCUUGGGAGUUAAACAAGUUUAAGUUGAAUCCAUCACGUAAUGGUGAUGUCAUUGCUCAUUAUCAAAUCAAUAAGCCUUCAGAUCUCACUGCAACUGCUCAGUUAUCACCAAUGGCUAGGCCUCUAGUCUGUUUGCAUCUAAAAGAGUCAGAAAAUUUGCCUAAGAUAUCUAUUAUGAAUCUGAGGCAUCGGUAUAUUUUACGAGUUGAAGCUGUACAAGAAUUGCAACUGCCUGUCUUGAAGCAGAAAAAUAUUGCUGUUGUUGUGGAGCCUCAUGAUGGACCUCUCACUUGUUUUUUAGUCCGCUUGGUUCUGACCGAGAGGCGCAGUAAUGCCGUCCCAUCACAGUCUCUUAGAGAUGUUAUAAGACAAAUUGUAGAGGCUAUUGAAGAGCUCAGAAUAAAUGGAGUCUAUCAUGGCAAUCUUACAAUACAUAAUAUAUACCAUUCAAGAGUUGGUGGUGCUAUUGUAGUGAAGUUGGUUAAUUUUCAAAACAGAGAUAUCGAAUUGGAGGCUGCACAGUUGAUGGACUGGGUUGGGCUUGGUAAUAUUCUUCAUACUAUUUCAACUGCAGCAAAGUUCAGGGAUAAUACUGCCUCGUGCUCCAUAAUUGACCAUCUGGCAUCAAAAUUGAUGGCAUUAACAAGCACUAACUGUCUUCCGAGUAUAAAAAAGGAUACCCUGGAUGAUAUGUUUUUCUGGGACACCCGAAGGCGGACAAUGUUCUAUAUUCAUGAGAUCCCUAAAGCGCUGAACGAUAAUGACUUUGUUACAAGGGUGAAGAACCACGCGUGGCCACUACCAUGGGACAGUAAGCAUUUUGGACUCGUAAAGGCCAUGAACGACUACCGUGAAGAAGUUGCGGUAAGAGAUAAACACAAGGGAGUUAAUCCAGGUCCAGAAGUUCUAAAACAGUAUCAUUGCAAUGGACAAGAUCCAAUUCACAAUGUACAGUGUAUGAGCGGAGCUUACACUCACCAGGACAAAAUAGAGAAGGACAUUAAAGAUGAUAAAGACAAGCGAAUGUCGGUGGAUGUGGCUGUCCAGAAGGAGCAGCCAGAGUUGUGUCUUGCCCUACGUAGGUUGCUCGCAGGGGAAGCCUUCUAGAAGAAGGCAAUGAAGAAUGUUUUCGCCUUUGUGGUGUGAAAGCGAGGCGUUUUGCAAGGAGUAUAGACAGGUUGCUCCUCCUGUUAGUCUAAGUCGAGGUGCCUUUUUGGAUGGAGAGAUGGCUGGCAAGUAGACAGACAAGGAGCGCAAAUGACCUUUGUAAAUUUUGUUGUCGUUACUUGUAUCAGUCAGAGAGAGUUUGGUUGUUGUUGCUGCUGUUUUUUUCAUGGAUAUUGAAUGUCUGAUGCUAUGUUCCAUGAAAUUGAGAUCGCGUUGAAGCUAUGCUGAGUUUGUUAGAUCUUUAUAAA